AUGGCUCCCUCGCAGAAACGCAAGCCGGUCGACGACGAUUUCGUCUUUACCAUCUCCGACAACGACGAGGAUGUUGUCGAAGAAGAGGAGGCCGUCGCCCCGCCCCCCAAGAAGAAGGUGAAGACCACCAAGAAGUCGAAGAAGGCCGCCAAGGAGGACUCGCCCGAGCAAGAAGAGCGCGAGGGAAUCUGGGGAAAGAAUGACGACGACGAUGGCGCCAUGGACUCGGAUUUCGAGUUUGCCCAGGACGGAGCCGUGGAGUUUGGUGACGCCGACUUCGAGGGCUGGGGCUUCGACGGCGCAAAGAAGUCCAUGAAGAACCAGGGCGCCGUCAUAGGUGUUGACCUAGACGAGAUCAUUCGCAGACGGCGCGAGAAGAAGGACGGCAAAGAUAAGCCCGAGACAUCUAAGGGAGCCGAUGCCGAAGACGAGGUCGAGAACGACAUGGACAUCGACCUCGACGACGAUGACGACGAAGUGCUCGCCGACGACGCUUUCGGCAUGGCCGUUGACCCCGAAGACGAAAACUCCGGCGACGAGGAAAUGUCAGACGCGGGCGAUGCCGAGGACGACGACGCCGCCGCAUCGGACAACGACUCCGUUGCGACACCCGUGGACCACCCCGACGACGCUCGCGACUCAUCAGACGACGAAGAGGAGGAUGCAGAGGAACAAGCCAAGCGCGAUGCCUUCUUCGCGCCCGAAGAGCCCGCGAAGCCCGGCAAGAAGGAUGCCGCUACAUCGUUCCAGGGCAUGUCUCUGUCGCGCCCCCUUCUCAGAGGUCUCGCCGCGGUUGGCUUCUCGAAGCCCACGCCCAUUCAGGCUAAGACCGUCCCCAUUGCUCUCAUGGGCAAGGACGUUGUCGGUGGUGCCGUCACCGGUUCCGGAAAGACUGCGGCGUUUGUCGUCCCCAUCCUCGAGCGUCUCCUCUACAGACCCAAGAAGGUGCCCACGAGUCGUGUGGUCAUCCUCACGCCUACCCGUGAAUUGGCCAUCCAGUGCCACGCUGUCGCUACGAAGCUCGCGGCCUACACCGACAUCAAGUUCACUCUGGCCGUUGGUGGUCUCAGUCUGAAGGCGCAGGAGGUUGAGCUGAGGUUGCGGCCCGAUGUCAUUAUUGCCACGCCGGGUCGUUUCAUCGAUCACAUGCGGAACUCUGCCAGCUUCAACGUCGACACCGUGGAGAUUCUCGUUCUCGACGAAGCCGAUCGCAUGCUGGAAGACGGUUUCGCCGACGAACUCAACGAGAUUCUCACCACCCUCCCCAAGUCCAGACAGACCAUGCUGUUCUCCGCAACGAUGACAUCGUCCGUCGACCGCCUGGUCCGCGUUGGCAUGAACAAGCCCGCCAGGGUAAUGGUGGACUCCCAGAAGAAGACGGUCGGUACCCUGGUGCAGGAGUUCGUCCGCCUUCGUCCGGGCCGCGAGGAGAAGCGUAUGGGGUACUUGAUCCACAUCUGCAAGACCAUGUACACCGAGAGGGUCAUCAUCUUCUUCCGUCAAAAGAAGGACGCACACAGGGCACGAAUCAUCUUUGGUCUGCUCGGCUUGUCCUGCGCCGAGCUUCACGGCAGCAUGAACCAAGCUCAGAGAAUUGCCAGUGUCGAGAACUUCCGUGACGGCAAGGUCAACUACCUCUUGGCUACCGAUCUUGCCUCUCGUGGUCUCGAUAUCAAGGGCGUCGACACAGUCAUCAACUACGAGGCUCCUCAAAAACUGGAAAUCUACGUGCACAGAGUCGGUCGUACUGCGCGUGCCGGCAGAACCGGUACCGCCAUCACGCUGGCCGCCGAGCCGGACCGCAAGGUCGUCAAGGCCGCGGUCAAGGCCGGCAAGUCGCAGGGGGCCAAGAUCCUCAGCCGCGUCAUCGAGCCCGCGGAGGCGGACAAGUGGCAGGCCAAGGUCGACGAGAUGGACGACGAGAUCGAGGAGAUCAUGGUGGAGGAGAAGGAGGAGAAGCAGUUCGCACAGGCCGAGAUGCAGGUCAGGAAAGGAGAGAACAUCAUCGAGCACGAGGCCGAGAUCAAGGCCCGGCCCAAGAGGACGUGGUUCGAGACGCAGGACGACAAGAAGAAGGCCAAGGACGCGGGCCGCGCGGAGCUCAACGGCAAGAAGAAGCAGAAGCUCAGCAACAAGGACAAGAAGAAGCUCGACGCCAAGGAGUCGAGAAGCGAAGGGCACGUGUGGAAGAAGGGCAAGGCGGAGCGCGCCGGCCAGGGCGCCGUGCUGAACCUGAAGAAGAAGAAGGUCCCCAAGAACGCCAGGGUGAGGGCGAAGUUGGCCCGUGGUAAGAGGUAG